ACGGCAAGUUAUAAUAAGAAGAUAUUAGUAAGUAGAGGGUUGCAUUAACAUAGUUAAGAAUAUUUAACAAGAAUAACACAAUGAGGGUCGGCACUACCUCAAUAAAAAUUAUGCCCUUUUUAAGGAGUUAACUAGUUUGCCAACUUGCAACCUUACUAUCUUAAUGGUCCCCAGCUUUAAAAAAUUAUAUUGUUCUAUACCAACGGUUAUGAGUGUAUAUAUUAAUUGUAUGCUGGGCGUUAUUGUUGUUAUAUGAGUACGGAAGAAGAUAAAAUUAAGUAGAAGGAGUUUGUAAAGAUUCCUUACUAUCUUAAUGAGAGAACCAAAAAAAUUUGGUUAUGUUAAAAUUGGUUAUUGUAUAAAGAGAGUUAUAUUGUAGUCAUAUAAAAUGAUAAUAGUAGUAUCAAAGGAUGUUUAAAUAGGCAUAUGAAGUGAAUCGACCAUGAAUACGCAAGACGAGUAGCAGCUGCUGCUGCUAUGGCUUCACUAAACCAGGGGAAUCCAUCAACAUCACAAGGUGGGUUGUAUACUCCAUCUUCUGUAGCCAAUAUUCCAAGCAUACCAUCAACAGGGCAAAUAAAUAUGACCCAAAACCCAAGUCACAUUCCAUUAUUACUGUCUCAGAUACAAAACCAACUAUCAAGCUCACAAUUGUCAACAUACAAUGUUUCGGGAAGCUCGUUGAACCCCAUGUCUUUUCAAACAUCGCCUCUGGAAAUGAAAGUCAGUGAUAAAUCUAAACAAAAAAUUUGGGAUGACAAAUAUGUGGAUUUUCAGCCAGGUGGCAUGACUGUGACGCAACUUACGCCUAAUGGCCAAAACUCCAUUGAGAUAUUCAAUCUUCAAAAUCAUACAAAACAAAAAGCACUAUCAUUCCCUCAGUGACUAAAAACAUUCGCCACAUUCUCCGCAGUCUACCAAAUGAAAAAUCAAACUGCCGGGCCUCAACUCAUGAAGCACCUUAACACAGUCACUGAUUUAUAUGAACAAAAAUCGGGAUGGAGGUAUUAUGAUAACAACGUUCGCUAUGAAAGGUCAACCAUGAAUUGGCCUUGGGAUGUUCUCCAUUUCCAACACUGGCAGAUAGCCAAAAUGAUGUCAUCCUCAGAUUUGUAUCAGAAC